ACUGAGAUGAAGGGUCUCUCAAUCUGCCACAGCUCCAGAGCCAGCUCCUCUCUACCUGAUUUUAUAAUUUUCUUCAUUACAUUUUAUGCUCACAAGCUGGAAUCAGCUCAGUUCACAGUGAUUGGACCUGAUCACCCUGUCACUGCCAUUGUGGGUGAGGACAUUGUGUUACCCUGUCACCUGUCCACCAGGAUGAGUGCUGAGAACAUGGAGGUGAGAUGGUUCCGAUCUGAGUUCACUUGGUUUGUGCACCUCUAUCAGCAUGGAAAGGAUCAAUAUGAGCAGCAGAUGCCAGAAUAUCAUGAAAGGACAGAGCUUUUGAAAGCCAGCAUCAUGGAUGGGAAUGUUGCCUUGAGGAUUGUGAAUGUCAGACCCUCUGAUGAAGGACAGUACCGCUGUUUUGUUCAAGAUGGUGUCUUUCAUGAAGAAGCUCUAUUGGAACUGAAGGUAGAAGCUUCAGGCUCUGCCCCUCAAAUCUCUGUUGAGGGUUAUCAGGAUGGAGGGAUCCGAAUGGUGUGUCAGUUGGCUGGAUGGUACCCAGAGCCCGAGGUGCUGUGGAGAGAUCGCAGUGGGCAGCUUUUAUCAUCCUCUAUUAAAACAAAAUCCAAAGAUGAACGUGGGCUCUUUGAAAUAAAAAGUUCUAUCAUUAUAACAGAAAAUUCAAACCAGAAUUUAUCCUGUUCUAUAAGGAACGCUUACAUCAACCUAGAAAAGGAACCCUCAACUUUUUAUAUAUCAGAUUUCUUUUUCCCAAGAAUGUCUCCUUGGCUGGUGGUUUGGAGUGUGACUCUAGUGAUUUCGUUGGUGUUCAUCAGCCUUACUCUUUUUCUCUUCAAAUUAAGAGGGAAACAUCUCAACACUAUCAGUAAACUUCAAGUAGACCUCGAGUGGAGGAGAUCCCUAAGCGAUACAGUGACUGUGACUCUGGAUCCAGACACGGCUCAUCCCAAACUCAUCCUGUCUGAGGAUCAGAAAAGUGUGAGAUGGGGAGCCACACGGCAGCGACUGCCCAACAACCCUGAGAGAUUUGACUCUUGGGCCUGUGUGCUGGGCUGUGAGGGAUUCACCUCAGGGAGACAUUGCUGGGAGGUGGAGGUGGGGGGUGGGGAAUACUGGGCUGUGGGGGUGGCCAGAGAGUCUGUGAGGAGGAAGGGAUGGAUCAGCCGUAGCCCUGAGGGGGGGAUCUGGGCUGUGGAACGGGACUGGGGUCAGUUCCAGGCUCUCACCUCCCCUGAGGCCCCCCUGUCCCUGAGCCGGGUCCCCAGCAGGAUCCGGGUUUGUCUGGACUGUGACCGGGGGCAGGUGACAUUUAUCGAUGCUGGUGACGAGGCCCCGAUCUUCACUUUCCUGCCGGGCUCCGUCCCUGGGGAGAGAAUCCGACCCUGGCUCUGGGUGGGGUACAGAUCUCGGCUCAGACUGUGUCCCUGA